GGCUCUCGGGGCGCUGGACGUUGCUGGGAAGCAGCUCCGGGUUGCGGAGCCGGAACGUGCCCUUCCCCCCUGUAAACUUUCGGUCCCUGGGACGGAAGCAGGAACUUGCUAACCGCAAAACCCUGCCUGCGGCUGGUUGGAUUCGCCCGCGUGCCUGCCUGUGAGCGCCACGAGCUGUCCUUGCUCCCCGGGCGGGGGACAGGGACACACGGGGUCCACUCACCACCAGAGUAAAAUUUUACCAUCUGUCCAGUCAUCCUGAAGCCAGCUGAAGUCAGAGGGCAGGUCAUCCUUAACCUUCCAAGACUAAGUCUAAACUGCAUCUAGAAUGUUCUUCAGGGAAGAAGGGCACUUGCCUUUCACCUUGCUAAUAAUCUGCUUCCUGACACUAAAUCUGUCUGCCAGUCAGAACUGCCUCAAGGAAAGCCUAGAAAAUGUCGUCAUUGAUAUCCAGUCCUCUCUCUCCAGGGGAAUCAGAGGCAAUGAGCCCAUCCACACAGCAACUCAAGAAGACUGCAUUAAUUCUUGCUGCUCAACACAAAACAUAGCAGGGGACAGAGCAUGCAACUUGAUGAUCUUUGACACUCGCAAGACAGCUGGACAACCCAACUGCUACCUGUUUUUCUGUCCCAGUGUGGAAGCCUGUCCUUUGAAACCAGCCAAGGGCCUUAGGAGUUAUAGGAUAAUCCAAGAGGUUCCUUCUUCGACUGAUUUGCUACACCAAGAGUUAGCGCAAGAAGGUUCUGUCUCUCAUGGCCAGCCUCCAGGAGCCGUCACGUCUCCCUUCCCUGCUCUGGUGGGUUCUUCAAAGCCUGCUGAUCUCUUAGGGAGAGAUGUAUCUUCUCAGAGGCCUGGAUCUUCAGCUCGCCUGCAGCACCUCUCCCAGAUCAGCCAAGCACAUAUCCAGGACCCCAUUAAUAAAGACAAAGGCCAUUCUCAGCGUUUACAGUCUUCCUCAGAUCCAGAAGUGGCACAUUUGUGGCAUGAAAACUCAACCAUGGUUUCCCCUGCAAUGGCCACUGGAUUUCAACGUAGUAGCUCUGCAUCUCGGAAACCUGUAGUUCUUGUGCCCACCAGUACCUCAAAGAUACCUCCAGUGACUUUUCAACCACAGGUGGCUCCCACAGUUCCACUCAUUACCACUGUGCCCUCUCAGUCUCCUCCAGCCCCCGUUUCCACAGUUUUUACGAGUGCUGUGGCUCCACCCCAAGCUGUGACUACAGCACCAGACCUGACUACCAUCUUUCAAGCAUCUAGGGACUUCACAGGCAUCCCAGAAACGGUGCCCUUUAGAGAAAUCUCCAAGCUCACUUCAAACACAGGGCAUGUGCAUAGCCCUACUAUACUCCCUUGGUCAAAUGUGGAGUCUUCCACUACAAAUAAAACUAUUACUUGGGAAAAUGGGAAGGCCAUUGUAAAUAGCUCAUCACCAAGAAAUAUUCUGGGAACACAGUAUGGCCUUCCAUUUGAAAAGUGGCUUCUCCUGGGGACCCUGAUCUUUGGUGUUCUGUUCCUAGUAAUAGGCCUGGCCCUCUUGGGUCGGAUAUUCUCAGAAUCCCUCCGCAGAAAACGGUAUUCACGACUUGAUUACCUGAUCAAUGGGAUCUAUGUUGACAUCUAAGGGCAAAAUUCAUUAUCGCUUGAUUCACUAAGAGCGACAGGCUCUUGAAAUUCUUUGAUCUGAGCAAAUUAGAUUUUGAAGACAGGAAAAUGUUCCCUAGCACCUUUUUUUUUUUCUUCAGUUUUUAAGACAGGAGAAGACUCAAAUUAGGUAAUUUGUGUGAUCAUGCUAAAAUAUUCACUGAAAAUAAGGCUCUACCUAAAGUAAGACAGUGUAAUUGCCAUAUAAAUUGGAAAAUUCAGCUGGCUCUAUGUAAGGAAAAAAAGGUCAGGAUAUCAAGAUUCCAAUUGAUUAAUAUAUCUGGUUCCACAUAAAGUCAACUGUUUAUGAUAUUGGUUUUAAUGGAUUCACUUUUUAUACGAAUUCCAAUAAAACUUAUUCCAGAUGUA